AUGGUUGAGUUAACUGAGUUUCAAAAGAGACGUCAAGAGAAUAUUAAACGUAAUAAUGAUCUUUUGAAGAAAUUGCAUUUAGGAGGUGCAGCUUCGAGGAUAAAAAGAGAGGCAGGAGUUGAUGAUACUCAUCGUACAGUGGUGAAGAAGAAGAAGUCUCCUAGUGUUUCGAGAGGGAGGAGUGCUUCUCCUAAGGUUGCACCUGUGGCUACUAGGAGAUCGAUGCGUCUGAGAGGUGAGAAAGUUGACAAUGUGGGGAUACCAAAUGUAAGUGACACUCAAUUGAUGAAGAUGAGUUUGGAUGGGACUUCUGGUAGUUCUGUUAAUGAUAAGGAACUGGUGGAUGAGAUAAAGGACACUCCGGUUAUUGGUGAUGUGAAAUUGAGCGAUUUGAUUAAAGAUGAGAAAGAAGAGAAUUUAAUAGAGAAGUUUAAAUCUUUUGCCAAUAAAAAUUUCUCUUCUGGUGAUUUCUUUGAAGAGAUUAGAAAACGCCAAAUGGAAAAUAAAGCUCCAGAAUUACAAAAGUUACAAGAUGAUUUUGAUCUUCAACUUUAUGACGUUUUCCAACCAAAUGAAAUAAAAUUAGUUUAUGAACGUAUUACAGCGACAUAUUUCCAUCCUUCUUUGGAUAAAAAAUUGAUUGUUGCAGGUGACACAUCUGGUAAUAUAGGUCUAUGGAAUGUCAGAGAUGAACCAUUAUCUGAAAAUGGAGAAGAUCAAAUGGUUGAACCAGAUAUUACAAAAGUGAAAUUUUUCACUAAAAAUGUAGGGAAAAUUGAUUGUUUCACUUCAGAUACUUCAAAAUUAUUAACAGCAUCCUAUGACGGAUCUUUAAGAUCAAUAGAUCUGAAUAGUUUACAAAGUAAUGAUAUUUUGACUCUCAGAAACGAAUACGAUGAUCCAUUGGGGAUCAGUGAUUUCCAAUUCAGUUAUGAAAAUCCAAACGUUCUUUUAAUGACGACACUAUCAGGUGAAUUUGUAAAUAUUGAUUUAAGAGAAAAAAUUGGCGAACAGAUUAGCUCAAAUCUAAGAAGAUUAUCUGACAAAAAAAUAGGUUCAUUCUCUAUUAAUCCAAAUAGACCUUAUGAAAUUGCGACAGGUUCCUUAGAUAGAACUUUAAAGAUAUGGGAUAUUAGGAAAUUAGUUAAAAAACCUGAAUGGUCACAAUAUGAGGAUUAUGAUAGUUGUGAAAUAGUAUCUGUAUAUGAUUCCAGAUUAAGUGUUUCUGCUGUAUCUUAUUCACCAACAGAUAACACAUUGGUUUGUAACGGUUAUGAUGAUACUAUUAGAUUGUUUGAUGUUGGAUCAGACAAUUUACCUGAUGAUCUUCAACCGAAAUUGACAUUAAAACAUAACUGUCAGAGUGGUAGAUGGACUAGUAUUCUUAAGGCCAGGUUUAAACAAGAUCAAGAUGUUUUUGCCAUUGCAAAUAUGAAACGAGCAAUUGAUAUUUACGAUAGCCAAGGUCAACAAUUAGCCCAUUUACCUACUGCCACAGUCCCUGCAGUUAUAAGUUGGCAUCCAUUAAGAAAUUGGAUUGCUGGUGGUAAUUCUAGCGGUAAAAUAUUCUUAUUUACAGAUGAAACAGUUAAAAAGGAAGAAGAAGAAUAA